GUAAAAAUGAAAUACAACAAUUUGUUAGUAAAAUGCCAAUUGAUGUUUGGAAAAAAUAUGGAAUGCAUCAAAAUAAAGAUCAUUUUGCACUUUUUGGGUUAAAAGAUUCAAAAGUCCAAGAAUUGUUAACAAAUGGAGUAAAAAAGAAAUAUCUACAACAUGCACAUCACUUUAUUGGAAUGAUGA